GGGCCUGCCAGCCCGAGGAGGAGGGGCCGGGCCCGCCGGGGUCCGUGAUCUACGCCCGGAGAGUUCGCGCUCCGAGCGUUGCGCUCGGAGGGGCUCGAGUCGUGGCGCGGAUGCUGGAAGUUCACAUCCCGUCUGUGGGACCUGAGGCCGAGGAUCCCAGGCAAAGCCCAGAGAAAGGCCACAUGGUGUUCCGAGUGGAAGUAUUGUGCCGCGGGCGCAGGCACAUCGUGCAGAGGCGCUACAGCGAGUUCCACGCGCUGCACAAGAGGAUCAAGAAACUGUACAAAGUGCCCGACUUCCCCUCAAAACGCCUGCCCAACUGGAGGACCAGAGGACUGGAGCAGCGGCGGCAGGGCUUGGAGGCCUAUAUCCAGGGUGUCCUGUACCUGAACCAGGAUGUGCCCAAGGAAUUACUGGAAUUCCUGAGCCUUCGGCACUUCUCCACAGACCCUAAGGCCAGCAAUCCUGGCCUGACAGCCGCUCACAGCGGGUCUCCUCUUUUCAGCGCCUUGGGGGAGUUCCUGCCCAAGAACAGCAGGCAAGUGGAACCCCCCCCCCCCCCCCCCGCCCCCAAUUCCCCGCCCGACUCAGGCUGCCCCCUAGUGGCCUUGUGCCUGCUGGUGUCUGGCCUCUCCCAGCAGUCCAGCUCUCAGCUCCACCACCGGCCUGUCAUCAGCUUCUGCAUGGAUCCCUACGUUUGCAUUCCAUCCCCAGAGCCUCUGUCCAACAUGGUGGUGAAUGGCGUGCUCCAGGGCCUCUAUGGCUUCAGCACCAGCUCAGCUAAUGCCCAGUCCGAGGCUCCCUGUCACCCUGCUCCUUUGCCACCGAUGCCCUGACCAGCCCAGAGGUCUGCGGGCCACCUGCCAAGACAGGCAUGUGCCCCAGUGUAUGAGCCCCCUUCUCAGAGGCUGGGUCACCCUUGGCCCGGACCCAGGAUUUAACCACCCCAGAUGCCAGGGCAGGGACAACAGGGGAUAAGGAAUAAAGGGAGAAGUCCAAUUUA